UCUCUUCUCUGACCAAUUAACAAACCAUUCGAAAGAGAAGGGUACGCGUAGUGUUGUCCUUGUCAAUUGAGUUCCAUUAAAUUCUGUUCUAUUUCUUUCUUUUGCUACAAUAUUUUGCUGAAGCUUAGUUAGAUUUUUUUCUUCUGUUGUCCUACUUUAGUCUUGUUCCUUCAUCCGAAAAACAUAGAUAUUACUGCCUUCAUUUUGUCCACCCUCUCACCCUUUGCUUUGCUUCCUAGUUCCUAGUUGUUGUUUCAUCAAUUCAAGUGUUCUGUAAACCUUUAGUCAUACAAGAAGAGAGAAAAAAAAAAUACCCUGGUUAUUCACUUACUUGCUGUUCCUUCCUUUCUGCUUUGCCCUCCCUCCCAGUAUUUAUUACUUCCAUCACUUCAAUAUUUUGUGAUUCUGACUUCUCUGAGUACCAAAGCACGCACCAGAAAAAAGAAGUCGUUCUUCCUUCAAGUACUCUUCAUUUUUUAAAUUUCUAUUGUGAUCUUCCGUGUAGAAGAUGGCUGAUUAUGAUUGGAAUCGUUGGAAAGUUAGCGCCAGAGUACCUGGUUAAUCCUUGAUUUUCAUUUCAUCUGCUCAAUUAUUCUGUGAAUCUGCUUUUUAUUAAGGCAAGAAAAGAACCUCCAGCCUUCCUUCCUUUCUUUCAGAAAGAAAUUCUCUCUCUGAAUCUGCUUUUUAAUAAGGCAAGAAAAGUACCUCCAGCCUGCCUGCCUUCCUUUUUUUUUUUUUUUUGAAGAGGAGCCUCUCUCUCUCUCUCUCUGUCUCUCUCUCUCUUCCUUGCUUCCAUCUUUCCUUCCUCCCUCGAAACAUACACAGACAAAAAAAAGUAUAGACAAAUGGCAGAUAUUGUGAUUACGGUAGUCGGGAAAUUAGCAGAGUACACAGUUGCACCUGUUUUGCGACAGUUUGGUUAUCUAAUUUACUACAAGAGCAAUGUAAAAGAUCUCACAGUGAAGGUUACAACUCUGACUGCCAAAAGAGAUUGGGUACACCAACAAAGGGAAGCAGCAGGCAGAAAUUUAGAGGCUAUUCCUCCCCUUGUUGACGACUGGUUGAAUCGAGUAAAGGAGACCAUAGAAAAAACGGAGGAAUGUUUUGAAAAAGGAGGAGUAGAGAAGGCAACAACAUUCUGCAGCUCCAACGGGUGGUGUCCAAAUCUGAAGGUUCGUCAUUCCUUGAGUAGGAAGGCGGCGAAGUUGGCUCUAGAGGCAAAAGCCCUCCUUACAGAAGACGUAGUUUUCAGGACAGUAUCAUGUCCUGCUCCUCAUCAAAAGCUGGAUUAUCCGGUAAUACAAUAUCCUGAGAAUUCUACUCCUGAAGGGGUUAGUUCCUCCUAUGGAACAUCCAACCGUACCAAUCCACCUGCACCUAUGAGUCUCUCGGAGCGUCUGGAAUACAGGCUGCCAUAUACAAAGGACCUGUUGACGGCUCUGCAAGAUGACAAGAUCGGUAUGAUGGGAAUCUCUGGAACAUUCAAAGAGAUAGAUACAAUAACAACUAAAGAGUUCAUCAAGAGAAUGAAACAGAGAAAUCUGUUUGAAGAGGUGGUGGUGGCAGUUGCGUCUCAAGAUCCAGACUACGGACGAAUACAAGGUGAUAUUGCAGAGAUGCUGGACAUGAAAUUGGAGAUUGGGAGUUCGGUGGAACGGGCAAAGAGGCUACGUGCUGUAUUAUUGGCACCGGAUUCUAAGAGGUUUCUUGUGAUACUGACUGAUGUCUGUGGAAUACUUGAUUUUGAAGCAAUUGGAAUUUCUCAUGUUGAUAUCAAGAAGAGGUGCAAGAUCAUGUUGGUUUCACAAGUAUCAAAUGUCUUUGGUGAAAUGGGGACUUGGAACAAUUUCAAGUUGUUAGUACCUCCCACUCCCAUAGCAAGACCUGUUGAGUUUGAAUCAAGAAUUUCAGUCAUCAGGGGUGUAAUGGAUGCACUGACAGAUGAUGAAUCCAACCCCAUUGUGGUAUGUGGUAUGUGGUAUGGGGGGUAUCGGGAAAACAACCUUGGUGAUGGAGAUUGUGCAAAGGCAGCUGAAGUAGAUCUCUUUGAUGAAAUUGCAAUUGCGGAGUUCAGCGAAGAACCUGACUUGUUCAAAAUUCAAGGUAAACUUGCUAAAGAUUUGGGUCUGGUACUUAAAGAAGAUGAUGAUAGGGCAGCUAUGUUACGUGAAAGAUUAUCCGGAGGUGCAAAAAGGAAACUUAUCAUAUUGGAUAAUGUUUGGACACAACUAGAUUUGUGGAAAAUAGGGAUUCCAAUUUCCCGUAAUCCAAAGAGUUGUAAAGUUCUGGUAUCAUCACGAGAUCUAGAUCUUUUCAAAGAGAUGAAAACCAAAAGGAAUUUUUUCAUUGCUGGCUUGCCAGAAGAUGAGGCCUGGGAUUUGUUUAACAAGAUGGCAGGUGGUUUCACUGAGUCUGAACCCGAGCUAUGUGACAUAGCAAAACAGGUGCUGACUGAAUGUGGUGGAUUGCCAGUUGCGAUUUCAACAGAUGGCAAGGCACUAAUAGGGCGAGACAUCACAACUUGGAAAGAUGCACUGAGACAACUAAAACAAGCUUGCCCAGAAGAUGUACCAAGAGUGAUAGAGGAUGUGUAUGGGAAAAUAGAGUUGAGCUACAAUUGUCUUCCAAGCCAGCAAGCCAAGUCAUGUUUUUUGCUAUGUGGCAUAUUUCGAAGAAUUGAAGAUUUGAUUGUAUCCGGUAUGGGAUUUGGCCUGUUUAAAGGCAUUUAUUCAAUAUCUGCUGGAAGAAAUUACAUCAAAGCAUUGGUUGGCAUACUCAGGGGCCGGUCUUUGUUGUUAGAGGGAGAUGACAAUGAAGAGAUUAGAAUGCAUGAUGCCGUGCGUGAUGUAGCAGUGCAUAUAGCUUCCAAAGUGUGGAAAUUGAAGAAGAAUGAUCCGCUCCAACAGAUAGUGGAAUUGGAUGACCGGCUCAAGGAUUAUUGUACAUUGACAACCAGUUCGAGUACUACCGAACUUCUACUCUUGGAGGGAUAUCAUUCAUAUCAUUGGGACAACAACAAAUUGGAGCUGCCAGCCACAAUAUUCGAUGGAAUGGAAGAUCUCAAGGUUUUAAUAAUCAGGAAUUCAAGCCUCCCAUCCCUCCCUCUUUUGAAAAAGCUUCAAACACUUGUUCUAGAGAAUUGCAAGCUCAAGUUUGAUGGUGAGGUGAUUGGAGAGCUACGGACGCUCAUGGUACUCGAUUUAAGUGGAUCCAACAUCAAAAAGUUGCCUAAUACAUUCCAAAAUUUAUCCAAUCUUAGACUGUUAAAUGUGUCGGAAUGUGAGGAGCUUUAUGUAAUCUCGCCGGGUGUUAUAUCGAAGUUAUUUCGACUGGAAGAAUUGUACAUGUGGGAUUGCUCUGUAGCUUUGAUUAUUGGGCAGCUGGGCUCGACAAAAACAACAACCGAACGGAUAUCUAAAUUGGAGGAAGUGGACAUGUGGGAGAGACUCAACAGAUGUGCGGUUAAGAUACUAGCCUCUGAAGAACUAAGUGACGAUGAUGAUAAAGAAGUCGGCGAACCAGACUGCGAUCAGUGGAACAGCUGGGCCAAAUGUAUGGACUGGAAUGUUGGGGUACUUUCAGAGCUACUUUCCUCGACUGGUUUGACUACUCUGGAAGUGUGUUUACCUCCAGUUGAGCAUCUGCUAACCGGUAAGCUAUUUCAUAAUCUUGAAACAUUCAAAAUCUCCAUAACAUGGGAUGAGGAUGAAGACAUUAGAUACCAUCCACGUGCUGGUAACUACUUGAGAGUUUAUGAUCUUGAUGUAAUCUCCCUUGUGGAUACUGGAAUCGGUUCGUUUGAAGACAUUAGAUACCAUCCACGUGCUGGUAACUACUUGAGAGUUUAUGAUCUUGAUGUAAUCUCCCUUGUGGAUACUGGAAUCGGUUCGUUGUUCAACAAAACUGAGACUCUGGAGUUAAAAAUGAACAAGUUGACGGAUCCACUCAAUGUGUUGGGUGUAAACGGUUGUGAAAAGUUGGAGUCACUUACCCUUGAAGACUGUGGUUCGCUCGAAUAUCUUAUCGACAUGAGACUUGGGAAACACAUUCCACGAAGCAUCUUCCCUGUAUUGAAUGAGAUGGAAAUCACCGGAGCAGGGAGACUGAAGGAGUUUUUUCAUGGUAACCUGCCACCGGGGUCGCUUCAGAAACUGGAAGCGUUGAAAAUAAGUGAACUGCCUGCAUUGGCGACUAUUUGGAGUAUUGAAACUGAUCAAUCUGGUUCGGUGGGAGAUUUGGCAUCUCUAGAGUCAUUACAGAUAAACGAUUGCCAGUCAUUGGAAGCAAUUAUUUACUUGGAAGGAUCAGCACAUCAUGCGAAAGAGAUCAACUUCUCUGCACUGACAAUGUUGGUACUUGAAGGUCUACUAAGCUUCACCGGGAUCAGCAAAUGUACUUCUAAUAGGCUGGAUCAGCAAUUGGAAGUCAGGAGUCCCUGCCUAAAUAGUUUGACCGUCGAUGAUUCACUUUUCUCCGACCCCAAGGUUGUCUUUCCUGUCUUGAGUUACCUGGAAAUUACAGGCCUGGGCGAGUUGAAAAAGAUAUGGAAUAGCCAAUCUACACCCGCCUCUUUCUCUGAACUUAAAGAUAUUAUGGUCAAGCAAUGUGACAAAUUAUUGCAUUUGGGACCCAUACAAAUAAUGCAAGAUAGGUUGCAGAGUCUGGAAAACAUAUACAUCAUCAAUUGUUCACUGGAAGUGAUUUUUGAAGUCAGUGCAUUGAAGAUCAAUGAAAGCCAUGCUUCCAUUUUUCCGUCGGACAAAAUGCUUCCAAAUACUUCUCAACCUGAUCAAGGAAUGGAAAUACAUGCUAUCAUGGAUUUUAAACCAUCUUGUCAAGGCUUUCAGAAUUUAACUGAACUACGGGUUGUUUCUUGUGGCAGUUUGAGAUACCUGCUCUCUCCUUCUGUUGCUAGAGGUCUUGUCAAGCUCCGAAUCCUACAGAUUGAGAAUUGCCAGAAGAUGGUAGCAGUAGUCGCUACAGGUGAGUGUGAAGACAGAGAGGAAGUAAGUCGAGAAGCGUUGCUCCCUCAGCUAUGUUCUUUGGAUCUUUCGAAUCUACCAAAUCUUGAAAGCUUUGCGCAAGAAAAAUAUACCUUUGAUUGGCCACUAGUGGAACGGAUCAGUAUUCAGAAUUGCAGCAAAAUGAACACCUUUUGUUCAGGAUCCCUUAGCAUAGCAAGAAAAAAUUGGAUAGAUGUGAGUGACUCUGGUGAGAAUCUCAAGCAGGAGCUAUAUGAUAGCAGAAAAGAAAGCUGA